AUGGUCAUAUUACGCAGCAGUUUGAGUUCACUGCUGGGUUUUACGUACUCAGUGUCCCCCGCUGGGUAUCAGGAAUGGUCCACCACCCAAAAGGCCACGCUCCUGCUGGGUAUCAGGAAUGGUCCACCACCCAAAAGGCCACGCCCCCUGCUGGGUAUCAGAAUGGUCCACCACCCAAAAGGCCACGCCUCCUGCUGGGUAUCAGGAAUGGUCCACCACCCAAAAGGCCACGCCUCCUGCUGGGUAUCAGGAAUGGUCCACCACCCAAAAGGCCACGCCUCCUGCUGGGUAUCAGGAAUGGUCCACCACCCAAAGGCCACGCCUCCUGCUGGGUAUCAGGAAUGGUCCACCACCCAAAGGCCACGCCUCCCUGCUGGGUAUCAGGAAUGGUCCACCACCCAUAAGGCCACGCCUCCGCUGGGUAUCAUGAAUGGUCCACCACCCAAAAGGCCACGCCUCCUGCUGGGUAUCAGGAAUGGUCCACCACCCAAAAGGCCACGCCUCCUGCUGGGUAUCAGGAAUGGUCCACCACCCAAAGGCCACGCAGCCAACUUGCCACAACUGUUGGGAGGCAUUGAGUCAACAUGGGCCAGCAUCCCUGUGGAACGCUUUCUUCAGAGGCCCUUACGAAUCGAGGUUGUUCGGAAGAUCUUGUUGGGCUUCUGUGACCAGUACGUGUUGAUCUUGUUGGGCUUCUGUAAAAUCCACAUGUACGUGUUGGUGUGGCUUAUCAAAAAGCUGAUUAAACAACAUGAUCCUUACACAGGAGAGAUACGGGACUAUCGUAGAUCCUCUGGGGACCCUCAACAACUUCACGAAGCUGACGAGGCAGAGAAGAGUCUCUCCACAUCAGAACAUCUCAAUAAACACCAGCGGAAACCCACAGGGAAGAAACUUCACCGCUGCUCUGACUGUGGGAAGAGUUACUCAAGAUCAGAUUCACUACAACUUCACCUGAGAAUUCACACAGGAGAGAAUUCUCACUGCUGCUCUGACUGUGGGAAGAGAUUCACCUCUUCAGCAGACCUUAAAAAACAUUUGAGAAUCCACACAGGAGAGAAACCUUACAGCUGUGAUCAAUGUGGGAAGAGUUUUACACGUACAAGUAAUAUGAAAACACACCAGAGAACACACACCGCAGAGAAACCCUAUAACUGUGAUCAAUGUGGGAAGAGUUUUUCUUCCUCUAGCCAUCUGACUACACACCAGAGAACACACACAGGAGAGAAACCUCACCACUGCUUUGACUGUGGAAAGAGUUACUCAAGAUCAGAUUCACUGAAAGUGCACCAGAGAAUUCACACUGGAGAGAAACCUUAUAGCUGUUUUCAAUGUGGGAAGAGUUGUAAUAACACGAACAGCCUGAAAACACACCAGAGAAUUCACACUGGAGAAAAACCUUAUAACUGUGAUCAGUGUGGGAAGAGUUUUAAUGAUACAAGCAGCCUGAAAACACACCAGAGAAUGCACACUGGAGAUAAACCUUAUAGCUGCUCUGACUGUGUGAAGACCUUUUCAAAAUCAUCUACAUUGCAAUCACACCAGAGAAUUCACACUGGAGAGAAACCUUAUAGCUGCUCUGACUGUGGGAAGACCUUUUCAAAAUUAUAUACAUUACAAUCACACCAGAGAAUACACACAGGAGAGAAACCUUACAGCUGUGAUCAAUGUGCAAAGAGUUUUGUUACAUCUAGCCAUCUGACUAUACAUCAGAAAAUACACAGGAGAGAAGUUGUAUCAAGAGAGAUACGGGACUAUCGUAGAUCCUCUGGGGAGCCUCAACAACAUCACAAAGCUGACGAGGCAGAGAAGAGUCUCUCCACAUCAGAACAUCUCAAUAAACACCAGCGGAAACCCACAGGGAAGAAACUUCACCGCUGCUCUGACUGUGGGAAGAGUUACUCAAGAUCAGAUUCACUACAACUUCACCUGAGAAUUCACACAGGAGAGAAUUCUCACUGCUGCUCUGACUGUGGGAAGAGAUUCACCUCUUCAGCAGACCUUAAAAAACAUUUGAGAAUCCACACAGGAGAGAAACCUUACAGCUGUGAUCAAUGUGGGAAGAGUUUUUCUUCGUCUAGCCAUCUGACUACACACCAGAGAACACACACAGGAGAGAAACCUCACCACUGCUUUGACUGUGGAAAGAGUUACUCAAGAUCAGAUUCACUGAAAGUGCACCAGAGAAUUCACACUGGAGAGAAACCUUAUAGCUGUUUUCAAUGUGGGAAGAGUUGUAAUAACACGAACAGCCUGAAAACACACCAGAGAAUUCACACUGGAGAAAAACCUUAUAAUUGUGAUCAGUGUGGGAAGAGUUUUAAUGAUACAAGCAGCCUGAAAACACACCAGAGAAUUCACACUGGAGAUAAACCUUAUAGCUGCUCUGACUGUGGGAAGACCUUUUCAAAAUCAUCUACAUUGCAAUCACACCAGAGAAUUCACACUGGAGAGAAACCUUAUAGCUGCUCUGACUGUGGGAAGACCUUUUCAAAAUUAUAUACAUUACAAUCACACCAGAGAAUACACACAGGAGAGAAACCUUACAGCUGUGAUCAAUGUGCAAAGAGUUUUGUUACAUCUAGCCAUCUGACUAUACACCAGAGAACACACACAGGAGAGAAGCCUUCUAUCUGUGAUCAAUGUGGGAAGAGAUACUCUGGUAAAAGAGCUCUGAUUAAACAUCAGAAAAUACAUGAAGGAGUUGUUUCAUGAUAUCAAUGAAAUUAUGUCACAAUGUAGAAUGUUUUAACAUUGUAGUAGGAGAAUUCUAAUGAUGUCACAAUGUAGAACCC